GGACGGACGCGGGGAGACGGGCGCCCCCGGCCCAGCCGGCCUGCCCGCGCGCGAUGUGGGGGCGCUUCCUGGCCUCCGAGGCCGGCGGCCGGGACAGCCCGGCCGGCGCCCGCAGCUUCCCGGCGGGCCCAGAUUAUUCUUCAUCAACAUGGUUACCUGGUAAUGAAUCACUGUGGCAGGCUACAACCCUUCCAUUCAACCAUCGAAAUAACCAUAUCAGGCGACACAGCAUAGCUUCAGAUAGUGGUGAUACUGGCAUUGGAACUUCUUGUUCUGACAGCGUGGAAGAUCAUUCAACUUCAAGUGGCACAUUGUCUUUUAAACCUAGUCGGUCAAUGGUUGCUCUUCCUACUGCCCAUGUCAUGCCAUCUAACUCCAGCUCUUCAGCUUCCAAACAUAGAGAAUUACUGGUAUCUGAUGACUCAAAAUGGAGUACCACCCUCAUGCAGACAUUUGGAAGCUUCAGUAGGGGGGAGCAGGAUUCAUCACUAGAUAUGAAGGAUUUUCGGCCUCUCCGGAAGUGGUCAUCUUUAUCCAAACUCACUGCCUCUGAUAACUGCAGCCAGGGUGGCAUCAUGCACACAGAAGAGUCAAGAAGUGGUUUGGGAAAGGCAGGGAGAGGGAAGACCUCAACAUCACAGAUAAGGACAACUGGGCCUACCUGCUUACAUGAUAGUAUGGAGAUGCUUAAGCUCGAGGACAAGGAAAUAAAUAAAAAACGGUCAUCAACAUUGGAUUGUAAAUAUAAAUUUGAGAGCUGUAGCAAAGAGAGCAUUAGAUCCUCUCCCUGUGCACUUAGGAGACAAACUGUAGACAUGACUUUUAGUGCCUUACCGGAAAGCAAACCCAUUAUGACAAGCUCACAGGCUUUUGAACCGCCGAAAUAUUUAAUGCUUGGUCAGCAGGCAGUAGGUGGAGUUCCUAUUCAGCCUUCUGUGAGGACACAGAUGUGGCUUACAGAGCAAUUGCGGACAAACCCUUUGGAAGGUCGAACUACAGAAGACUCUUACAGUUUAGCUCCUUGGCAGCAGCAACAAAUCGAAGAACUUAGACCAGAAAGUGAACCACCAAUGCAGGUUUUGACUGGAUCAACUCGUCAGUGUUAUCCAUCUACUGGCUAUCAGGACUUCAGUAAGUGGGAAUCAGUGCUGAAAAUAAAAGAAGGACUUCUGAGACAGAAGGAAAUUGUAAUUGACCGACAGAAGCAACAAAUUACCCACCUACAUGAGAGGAUAAGGGAUAAUGAAUUACGGGCACAACAUGCCAUGUUAGGACAUUAUGUAAAUUGUGAGGAUUCUUUUGUGGCUAGUUUUCAGUCACAGUAUGAGAAGACUUCACACCAGGCUCCAUUUUCAGAUCCGACAGUGUCUAAUUGCCAGCAAGAGGAACUCGAACAAAAGCUUGCAUCUACUGAAAAGGAGGUUUUACAGCUCAAUCAGUUUCUCAAACAAAGAAUAAGUCAGUUUAGCGAAGAGAAGAAGAAACUAGAGGAAAAGCUUAAAACCAGAGAUAGAUACAUCAAUAGCCUGAAAAAGAAAUGUCAGAAAGAAUCCGAACAAAACAAAGAAAAACAGAGAAGAAUUGAGACCUUGGAAAAGUAUCUGGCUGAUCUUCCAACUCUAGAUGAUGUGCAGAGUCAGAGUCUACAGCUGCAGGUUUUAGAAGAAAAAAAUAAGAAUUUGCAAGACACACUGAAAGAUAUGGAAAAUAAGCUUGACGAGAUCAAAACACAGUGUCAAGAGAAGGAGGCACAAAUAAUUUGCCAGAAAAAGAAAGAAAAGGAGUUGGUAACUACUGUUCAGAGUUUGCAGCAAAAAGUGGAGAGAUGCCUUGAAGAUGGAAUCCGCCUUCCCAUGUUAGAUGCAAAACAGCUUCAGGAUGAAAAUGAUAGCCUGAGAGAACAAAAUGAGAAUACUAGUAAGAUAAUACACAACCAACAAGAUGAGAUUGACAGAAUGGUUGUAGAAAUUCAGUCUUUGCAAGAGAAACUUUCUAAAGAAAGAUCAACCACUCAAAAGAUGGUGGAAGAACUGGAAAAGAAAGAAAAAAACCUCCAGAGAUUAACAAAAACAUUACUUGAUAACCAAAGACAAACAGAAGAAACAUGCUUUUUCCUGGAUCAGGACCAGGCUGCCGACCAAUCCAGGCAGCAGACAUUGCCUUCUAAAAGACCCUUGUUUGAUUUGGAUGUGAUUGAUCAGCUCUUCAAGGAAAUGACCUAUUGUUUGUUUGACUUGAAAGCUUUGUGCAGUAUUCUUAACCAGCGCGCUCAGGGCAAGGAACCUAAUCUCUCAUUAUUACUGGGAAUCAGAUCAAUGAAUUGUUCAGCUGAAGAGGUUGAAAAUGACCACAGCCCAGAAACACUCACUAAAAAACUGUCUGAAGUAUGCCAGUUACGGAGAGACAUUGAUGAAUUAAGGACUACAAUAUCUGACCGCUAUGCUCAGGACAUGGGAGACAACUGCAUUACCCAGUGAUCAAGUGUUGGUCGUACAGCAAUAAUGACCCACUGUUAAAUGCUGCUGUGUCACAAUUCUUCACAUUUCUUUUUAGUAGCCAUAAUGGAAAGUUGCAAGUCACUGUAUUACUUGCACAUAGGGUUUUUUUUUGUUUGUUUGUUUUUGGGGUUUUUUUUUGUUUCGUUUUUGUUUUGUUUCUGUAGAUAAUUUUGCUGGGGUUGGGGCAAGUGAGGUUUUUUCUUAGGAAUUUAUCUGAUCAGGUCAUAAAUUUGAAUUACCAUUUGAACAAUCUGAUAAAGUCUACAAGAAAAAAAUAUAUUGUCAAACUACUGAUUAUAGGACCAAGCUGUGAAGAGUAUCCUUUGGAUAAAAGGGUUAGGAUUUAUUUUAAUCCUAUAGUUUGUGUGUGUGUUCAUGUGUGAUCGGUCACAAAAUUAGAGGAAUUUCUCCCAUCAAAGCUUCUAAGAAAGGCACACUGCUAAUUCUUCAUUUCUUUUCUUUUUUCUAUAAGCUUUUUUGAACUUUGGGUUUUCAAGGACUGGCUAAACAAGAAUUCCAACAGCAGGAAAGUCUUAAAACAGUGAUAAAGUAGGUAAAACCAUUUGUACUUUAAACAGUCUCUAUACUGCUGAUGAGGUUGUAGGGUUGUGUUGAUUCUAAUACUAUAGAUAUGUCAGCUGCUUUAUCCAGUGACAUACAGCUAUAAAAAUUUGAUAUGAUGAUUUAUUUAUUUACCAUUGCAAUAUAUAUGUAUAUAUAUAUUACAAUGUAGUUGAACAAAAUUUGAACUAAUUUUAAUAUAGUACCAUUAGCAGAUUUUUGUUUUUAUGUCACACAGAUUAUUGGUGUUGAAUAAAGCCAUAUAUAUUCAGCAUUAUCCUUAUAGGGUCUGAGGUCAUAGAAAAGAAAAACACAGUGACUCUGGAACAAUAGCAAAUUUUGAUAAAUCAAAAUAUCAUACAUUAAAAUUUUAAGAUCUUUAAAUCUAUUUAAAGUUGAAACUACUCUAACAAAAAAGCCAGUUUGUAUAUCUGAAUUAUUAUUUAUAGCUAAAUUAUUGCUAGCCUAAAGUAAGAUCUAAACCUAGAUGAUAUUUCAAUCCCUUUUAUAUGGUAAAGAAUUUUUAUUAAAUGAAAGGUUUGUGAAUAAAACGGACCAGGUUGGUUUUUCUGAAUGCGAUAUCACUAAGUUACUAAUUUGUAAGUAGAUGUGCAUACUAUAACUUAAACUUCCAAAUCUAUUUUUCUGUUUCAGUUGGAAAGUCUUUUAACAUCAGAGCACUUUGCAUUCCUGGAAGGAUAACUGUAGUAAUCAUUGUCCUUUUACAGAAUUUGGUUGAUUGUGUGAUGCAGUCAGGUCUUAUUUAGGUUAUGACUAAAGAAGUAGAAGGAGUAAGGAUUAUGAGUCAAGCAGGAAAGAGCAGAUUCUUUGUGUUUUUUUUUCUUGCCAGGCUUGCAUGAAAGAUGAAAUGUUUUUCCAUAAAUAUUUUCAAGACAAGACCUUCAAGGAAGAUGCCCAAGAAGGCAUUCUGUUCAAAAUUUACAUACAGUUCUUGAUAAGUUACCUUACUGGUCAGCAGUCAGCCACAAUGCAUUGUACGACAUCAAACUAUCAUUCUUAUCAGUGCCUACGUCCUCCCAGCUUUUUAUACUUCUAGGAUCUGGGCCCUAAGAAAUCAGUGUGUUGUAGUGAUUCUGCAUCCCAUGGUGCCUGACCUACUAAGAAAGGCCUUAGUCACUGGUCUGAACUUGACUUUCUAAUGUGUACAUUUGUCUUUUAAUGUUAAAUGUGGUUUCAAGACAAUCAAUCAGGGAGUUGUGCAUUCGUACCAAAAUAUGAUGCAAAGAAUUCUACUUUGUAAAAAUUAGUAUUUGUAAAAAUGGCCCUGUAGUAGAUAAUUCCUUAGAUAGAUAAUUCCACAAGUGCAGUACACAUUUUUCCAUUCUCUGAAUCAAAUCCAUCCCUCCAAUCACAUGUGCCACAAUUUUGGAAAUAAGGUACCCUAAGAUGAUAAUAAUAAAUGGGCAGAUAAGCAGAAUGGGGUCUUAAGGUUCUUAAAUGUUUUGUAGGUUUUUAAGUAUAAUUUAGAGUUUUAUGGUUUUUGUCUUAAACUUUCACUUCAUUUAUUUUUAUAUAUAAUAUGUACAUUUUUGUUUUAUGGCUUAUAUGCGGGUAAAUUUUGAUUUUUUUAAAGAAUUAGUUUUCUAAAACUUAGAGAAUUUAAUUCACAUCUUGAGAUUAAAAAAAUAUAUCUUUUGUUUUUUUGGAGUUAUGCCUGGUGGUAUGGGCUUCUCCUGGCAUCAUUCCCCCCACAGUCUCGGGGGACCCUGGAGUACCUUGGAUCAAUCCCAGAGCUUCCUUGCUUGCAAAACAUGCACACUAGCCUUUGAGCAAUUUCUUUGGCUCCUCAUUUUUUUAAUUAAAUAGAAAAUUAAGCAGUUGCUGCAUAUGUUCUUCAGUUUCCAAAAUACAUGGUCUCCCCACCACCACCAAAAGAGGGAAUUAGGAUAUGAUAGUUUAAAUAUAACCCUGAAUUAUAAAAUGUAAUCUAUUGAAACCUGUAGUCCGUGAAAAAGGCUUAGAUAUAAUUUGGAGAGGAAAUAAAGAUAGUAGUAAUCUCAUUUAUUAGUAGCCUAUUACUAUAGUAUACUAUAGGCUACUAAUAAAUGAGAUUACUACUAUCUUUAUUUCCUCUCCAAAUUAUAUCUAAGCCUUUUUAUUAGUAGCCUAUUACUUUUUUUUAUUAGUAGCCUAUUACUAUUACUAGUUAGUAAUAGGCUACUAAUUAGUACUAGUUAGUCUAAUUUAAUUUUAAUUUUUAAGCAGUUAUACUCUCCCAGCCUCUUGUGUAGAAUAGAAUAUUAGUGUCUCAUUGAGAGAAAUGUUUUACUUUGCCCAAGUAAAUGAGCAAAUAGAAACACGAAGUACCUUGUCCUGGUUUGAAGUACGACAUUCUCAAAAGUUAUUACAGUGAUACAUGCCUGAGGUGAAAAGUAUCCCAAAAUUUAAAGUAAAUCAGUAAAAUUUCCUUAUCUUUGCUGAAUGAAAUGCUUAUCUUCAUAGGAUGUUUGCAGAUGCUACUUAUAUUAAUAAGAAAAUGCUCAUGCAGCUUUAACAAUUUCUUUUUAUGGGGGGCAUUGCAAAUUGAGUUUUUCUUCCUUAGUCAUAUUAAAAUAGGAAUGAAGUAACAGUUUACACAGUAAAAGACCCGAAUUACCUAUGUGAUAAUUAAGUUAUAGGCACAGUAGUUUUCAUUUGAUGUCAGAAAAAUGAAUGACUUCUGUUAGAUUUUAGUAAAUUUCCAGUAGCCUCUACUUUUUAAAAGCAUAAAUAUUGACUAAGUGAUAAAUACCAAUUGAUUUUAAGUGUGGCCCUUUUAUAUCUGAUAUAGGAUUUAAUGGUUAAUUUUAACGGUAUUUUAGUGAAACUUAUUUUGGUCAUGGCAAUUUAUUAAGCUGAAUUAGACUUCUUUCAGUAGUUAAAGACAAUCUCAAGGGCUGGAAAGUGUUGCUGAAAUUGAUAUUGUGCAUUUCUGAUCUGCUAUUGAAUUUAUAAAUUAAUUUUGUCAUAGUUCAAGAUUUAGUAGUAGGAAAUUUCUUAGAGGAUAUUUUUUAAAAAACUACUUCAUUGGGAAGAUGCUCUUUUAAUAACAUGUUCAUUAAAUAAUAUAGUGGCUGAGAACUUGGACUCUAUUUUUAUAAUAGCAUAGUUACUGCUCCAGGCACUCCUUUAAUGGGAAUUAUUGGCAUUCUCUUAUGUAGAUUUCUAUCACUGUAAAUAUGUAAUUAUGAUAAUAAUUCUCACAACCACUCUCAUUCAGACUAUUUCAUUUGAAACUGCUAAUAGCUAUAGUUCUCAAAGAAAAAGUUAACGCUUAGCUUUUUUGACAAUUUCUUUUCCACAAAACAAGUGAAACUCUUUCAUUAUUUGAUAUAGAAAAUAAAAUUUCCAGCUUCACCCCAAGAUGCAAUAUGGCAUAUUUCUGUAUAAUAUUAUACAAUCUAAUCAUGAAGGGGAAAACAUUGUGAACUUUUUCUUAAACAAAGUAUAUCAUCAAUCUAGCUUCAAAUCAGUAAGUCAUUAACAACACUUAUUAAACCAACACAGAGAGAACCUUUUGUGCCUUUUUGCCUGCAGUAAGUAUUCAUUUCUAUUUUAUACCAACUGUGUUGAUAAUUAUUGCACCUUGUUUUUCUGUAAAUAAAAAUUGAUUAGGAAUAUUUCAAAAGCAAGGAGCAGUUUUUUAUUGCUAAGUACUCUAGUGAACAGGAGGAGAAGAUGUCUCACAUAAAUGUCUUCGGAGCCUAGUCUUUUCUCUAGUAGGUGACUCUUUGGAAUGUAGUCAUUUAUGUGUAUAUGUGUACAUGGAUGUAUAGCAUUUAAAUAUAUAAACAUAAAAUUCAGCAUCACAUUUGUGUGAUGACAAUAGUAGUAAGGUGCUAGGUGAUUGCAUUAAAAGCACAGCAGAGUAUAUAAUCAGUCACUAUGACUGGUAGUUUUUGUUAAUUAGGUUCAGUUUCUGAACUACCCAGAAUACCUCAUGUGUAAAUACAGUGGUCAUGACUAAUUGAAAUACAGUUAUUGUAAAAAGAAUAUGAAGCCACUGGUUGGCUUAUGCCUUCUGAUCUAUCUUUUGCCUCUUUUUUGUAAAGGGGUUGGGUUUUUGUUUCUGUUUUUGUUUUUUAAGUAGGGUUUACAGCUAGAAUUUUGAAUGCCAAAGUUCUAUUUAUUAAAUUAAAAUUUUUUCAAUGUUAAUGGCUAAGUAUUUUUCCACUGGACUAUUGUUUGUUGAUGUUGGAAUUUGUAUUUACAGAGAAAUAAAUUUUUUAUAAAAUGAUUUGUCUUUUAAGUGCCUAAUGUUAAUAAUAUAAGAAUGUUUGAAAUUCACUCUAUGACAAGGUUGUGCUGAAUUGACUUUUAGGUAAAUGCAUCAUAUAAAUACAUUCAAAAAUCAAUGACUAGAACAAGGAUCUUAUAGUUUCUUUUUAGUUACUAAAAAGUUUUUUGCUUCUAGUAUCUUCACAGACAUUUGUUUUAAUUUUUAAUUUUUUUGGUUUUGGAGACCACACCUGGAGGUGCUAGGGCUAACUCCUGGAUCUGUGCUGGUGGUGCUCAGGAGACCAUGUAGUGCCAGGGUUCUAAUCAGAAUUGGUCCUGUGCAUGGCAAGCUCCCUACCAAUAGUACUAUCUCUCUGCCUUGUGGUUGGGAGGUGAGAGGCUCUAUUGUAAUGACAGUUACUAUACGUAUAAAGGCAUAUCUCUAUCAUUUUUAACUGUUGGCUAUAUGGCUCCUUUGAAUACCCAAGUUCCUAUUUAAAUUAAAAUUCUUUUUAUUAUUCUGUAUUUUCUGUAGUGCUGAAUAUUUCUUGCCCUUCCCACCUUCUAAUCAAAAGUUGAAGCAUCACAGAAACUUAAACAAAUAAGGCCUUGUUAAAAACUUACUCUGCAGGGAGCAGCCUCGACAUCUCUGCUUUGUAGUUUUCCAGCAAGAUCCAUAAGAGUGUCUCUGUGGAUAGUGGCCAUAUCCUUGUUCUGACAUGCAUGGAUUGAAGUCUCAAUAUACAUAGGAACUUGGUUCAUAUUUGAGUUAACAAAAUAUAUUUCCAGUUCCUCCACCUUGGCACUGCUUUAUCACAAUUUAAACUAGACAUAUAAUUCAGUUAACAUCUAAUUCAGGUUGUAAAAAGGACCACUAUGGAAAGUGUGCAUCACAAACUAUUUAGGUUGUAACGUUAAUGACUUAGAAUAGGCGUAAAGGAUAAUAUAAAGCAGAGUGAAUAGAGUCCAAAAAUGUUCCUAAGGGUCUUUCUAAGAUUGUAAAGUUAUUUCUCCUUCAAAUAAAAGGAUUUUUCUUUUGAUAUGAUGAAAACAAACACCAACCAAAAAAAAAUGGCUAAGAACUUUUAAUAGGGUACAUUCAGUGAUUUUGCCAGUAAUUUGUCUUCUUUUUAUGCCAACUCACUUUGCAAUACUAUAUAAAACAGCAGAUACUUAAGAAGAAGUGUGAAAAAGGCAGUGAUAAAAGAGACAGUAGAGCUAAUAUUUUACAAAUGAAUAGCACUCUAAUGUCAUUUAAGACAUUUUCUUUGAUUAGAGAAGAUUCUGUUUGAGGGCGUAAGUUAUGAAAAGUUUCUAAAAUGUUUAAGUAAAGCUGUUGUCCCUGAUAAAAAGUUGGCAUAUAACAAAAGAGAAAAAUCUAUUUUAGCCAGCCUGAUUUUAUUUAAACAUGAUUGUACAUAUGUAUGUACAAUCAUAUAUAUUGAUUCCCUUGCAAUAGAAGUUUUAUGACCCAGAAAUCUCACUCUCAGUGUUUUCUUGGGAUAAACACAGGCAUACGCCUAAAAAAUAGACUUAUAGAAGAAUGCUUACAGCAUUUUUAUUCGUAAUAACCUCAAUCUUGAAAUAGUUCAUAUUGAUAUCUGUUGGUAAGAGUUCUAUCUAUAUUCAAAGUUCUGUCUGUAUUCUUUUACUAAACUUGGGUAAAAUUGUUAAUUCUCUAUGGUUUUUGGAAAAAGUUUUUGUAGUGCUUUAAUACACUACAAAGCAACAGAUAAUUGCUAGAAAAAAAAAAAACACCUUUAUUUUCCCUUCCCCAAAAUACUGCUUUUUGUUUGCUGCUACAUGUGAUUCAUGUUCUCCAUAGUCCAUCCUUCUAAAACUUGGGGGGCAGAGGGGAAAGCAUGCCAGGCAGUGCUCAGAACAUAAUUCUGGCUCUGCACUUAGGACUUAUUACUACUGGGGAUCAGGCUAUCAUAUGUGUUCUGGAGAUCAAACCCAGUUGGCCAUUCACAAGGCAAGUGUCCUUUUCACUGUACUAUCUUGCUGGCCUAAAAUGAAAUUUUCUUAGAAAGGAAAUUAAAUUGUUUACUUGCUGGCUUCCCAUCAGACUGAGCUCUUUUAUGACAGACACAGUAUAUUUUAUUAAACUUUGUAUUUAAUGAAUAACAGGGAUAUACUAACUUCCAGAGAUGUGCAAAUAUCUGUCCUUACCACUUGGAAGGAACAGCUUUAUCUCCAAGGAGAAAACUUGGUCUUUAAAGCAUAGGUCACUAUUAAGGCUGUGGAACUUUUUGUGGAACAUGGUAAGUCUUAGGAAAACUCCAUUUUUCUUCCUCUUGGACGUCUUAUCAAUUUGUCUUGUAACUGCACUCUUCUUUACCUUUAUGGGCGCAGUUUACAGGAUCAGAAGCAGAUUCUCAUCCCAGCGCUGCUGGAGCCUUACAAUCUUAUCAGACCUUAGGUUAGCUAUGUAGGUUUUAUAAGGCAAAUGCAUGGCCUGACUUAAAAGAGGAAAUAAAUGUCAGCUUAAAAAUUGAGUGCAGGGUGGGGCUAGAGCAAUAGCACAGUGAGUAGGGCGUUUGCCUUGCACUCGGCCGACCCGGGUUCGAUUCCCAGCAUCCCAUAUGGUCCCCUGAGCACCACCAGGAGUAAUUCCUGAGUGCAGAGCCAGGAGUAACCCCUGUGCAUCGCCGGGUGUGACCCUAAAAGAAAAAUUGAGUGCAGGGGCCAGAGCAAUAGAACAGCAUGUAGGGUGCUUGCCUUGCACAUGGCCAACCUGGGUUCGAUCCCCAGCAUCACAUAUGAUCCUCUGAGCCUUGCCAUGAGUAAUCUUUGACUGCAGAGUCAGGAGUAAGCCCUGAGCACAUCCAGGUGUGACCUCAAGAAAAACAACAACAAAAAAUGGAAUGCAAUUGCAUCUAAUUUAAGUUUUACAAAUGCACAAAUCUUAAUAAUGAUAAUUUAGACAAAUGGUGAAGCUGGCAUCAAUACCAAGGUAAUUUAUUUUUUUAUGCCUACAUGGAUUAUUUCAUAACACAAAUGGUUAAAGUUGUUUAAUGGCUUGUGAUGACUACAAAGCAAUGUGAAAGAAAUAUAUCUUCCAUAUUGUCAUUGUCAUUAACCAAAAUUUGAGCAAAUGCCUAGUACCAGGACCUUGCAAAAAUUAUUCAGUUAUCUCUUAAUGUAAUACUCCAUGAUAUGGCAUCCCCACUCAGCCAAAAGUGUUUGAGGAAUAGGUGUAAUAUGUUGUCUAAGCUGAAGUCUCUUUUAAGAGACCAAACUGAAGUAAGAACUAGCCAAGACCCCAGUCUGACUCUGAUACUAGUCUUUCUCUUGUUGCAGUUUUGUGUAUUUACAAUAUAAACUCCUGACUAACCUGAUUUCUCAGUUUUUGUAAGUUUUACUUAAUUCCAAGAAACCUGCUGAUUUUUUUUUCCUAAGUUACUAUUCAUAUUGGUUUCCUAUCGCCACUGGAAAUUACCACACAUUUAUUUGUUAUAACAAACUCAGUUAUAAAAACAAAAAACCACCCUCAAUUAUCUUCCAGCUCUGCAGUUCAGAACUCUACAGUGGUUUUCAUUGAAUUUAAAUGAAGGUGUUGCAAGACAAUUUUCUCUGGAGAACCUACCAAUAUGUGUCUUUGCUCAUUCUGUCUUACAAAGACUCUCCCUUACAGAGAGUCACAUAAUGGCUUCAUAGCCUAAUGUCUCUUCAAAGCCAGUAAUUCCUCGCACACUACCAUUUAUAUUUUUUUUUUCUCCUUUGCCACCAUCUUUCCCCCAACCUUUUUGGGAGAAGUGAGUUUGGGCCACACAUUGUGUGUUCAGUCCAGCAGUGCUCAGUAUCAUAAUGCUAGAGAGCAAGCUCACAUUACCCACAGGCAAAUUGCAUGCUCCCACCCUUUUGGCUAUCUUCCUAGCCCCUAUCUGUGUAAAUUUCUACUGGGUGUUGUUUCAUAUUAUUUAAGUCUUAUGCUCUCAGUUUUGAUAUGUUUUUAAUUGAAAUAACAUGAUAUAAUUUUCAGCUGGUCUUUUUAAAAAUCAUUGUGUACAUGCUAUGUUAAGAUCAUCAAUAAAAUUUUAUUUUUUA